UGCGCGGCGAGUAGGUACAUCGUGUGGAUUCUCGCUCGCGCCUCGUGUACAACGUACAACUCCGUUCGUAUUGUAGUGCGUAACGCGCAACGGACACCGACAAUCUCGUCAGAGCGUCGUGCGCCUGUCACGGCGAGACCGCAGACUUUCGCGAGAACACACGCUAAGUGUGGAUCUCGCGCGUUAUCGAAACACGGGACUGUGUUACUUUAUACGGGUGAAAGUGAAGCUUUUUAAAGCCGAGGGACUGGAUAUACGACGAGGUGUCCGAAAUUGUUUCCCGUUGCGUCAACGUUCGGCAGUGUCGCACACUGGCGACCUUCGAUCCCGGAACCAUCCGGCGUCGACGUAUCCGUGACCGACAUUCUCAUCCUCGUCCUGGUCCUCGUCUUCAUCAACUCGGUCGAAACGCGGUCGGAGGUAUCUGACGAGAAUUCCCGCAGUUUCUAUCUAACAAUAAGACUUAACGAGGAUACGGAUACCCUGGGCAGAGACAGAUACUCAUUCGUUCUGUUAGACUGAUAAAAAACUACGCGGGAUCAACACGUCGCGGAUAGCCUCGCAUCUGUGCUUUUCGAAGCACGCGUCGACGUCCUCGGCGGACUCGCACUCCCGGGGAAAAACGGAGCGAGAUAUAUUCGCGAAUCUGGUCAAGGCCCGCCGGCAUUUGUCCGACGAUCGUGCGAACAGCCGGACUGCGAGCGUGUCGCUCGCCGCAUGCUGCGCGCGGUGGUUCCCUAAGUGUGUCAGUAGGAUAACUGACGGCGUUUACGUUUCGUUUAACCGACGCGACGCUUCGCGAUCGUUGCGCGAAAAAGUUCGACUUAUGUCGAUCGCCGAUCCACCGUCCCCCGCCUCUUUCUUCCUACCUUUUUUUUGUCUUCAUUCCCGCUGACAUUGCUUCGCGCCGCGGCGACAGUGACGUACGCGGCACGCAUCGUACCCCCCGGGUUCGCCGUUUCGCGAUGGAGGAAGAGGAGAGCCUCGUGGUGACCGACACUGUCUCGGUCCCGUCGAAGAAGGAGAGCGGUUAUUUCGAGGAAAACUGCGGUGACUUGAGCGACGUAAUCUUCAGUAAUUACAAUCAUUACGGGGCGCUCCUCAGCGUCGACCCCGCUGGCAUCUUGAUCAUCAACGAGGCCAGACGCUCGGAUCACUGGGAGGAGAGCAGGCAAGGAUCCUCUUUUUCUUCCGGCCUGGUCGAGGAUAUAAACGACCUUGACGUUAACGACUCCGACGAGGCUAAGGACGACGUCGUCAAGGACCCUGAAGAUGUUAAGCGCGACGUCGCCGAAGGCUCCGAGAUAGUUGUUAACGGCCGCGUAGGCUCCGAGGAACUUGCCUAUGCCCGCGAGAAUUCCGAGGCGAUCUUCCGUGUCCAAGACUCCAAGGCAAUCGUCAAUUCCGAGGCACCUGCCUGCGUUCACGAGGACACGAAGGCAGUCCUCUACGUUCACGGAGACACCAAAGCGGUCGAUUAUAUCAACGACAGCUCCGAAAUAAUCGAUUGCACCGAAGAGGAUUCGACGAAUGUCGAGUGUCCAGCGAGCCCCUCUAUCAUCGUUGAGGACUGGGAUGAUGUGGAAAUAUCUGAUGACACAGUAAAUCUAGCGGACAACAGCAGCCAGAAAGUGGACAUGACACACUUCGAUCUGCUGAAAGUCCUUGGCACCGGAGCUUACGGCAAGGUUUUCCUGGUGCGAAAGAGGACCGGUGCUGACGCUGGACGGCUCUAUGCCAUGAAGGUGCUGAAAAAGGCCUCCAUCGUGCAGAAGAAGAAGACGACGGAGCACACCAAGUCUGAGCGGCAAAUUCUGGAGGCUAUCAGGGACAGUCCGUUCCUGAUAACUCUCUACUAUGCGUUUCAAACGGACGACAAACUCUGUUUGAUCUUGGAAUACGUCGCCGGCGGUGAAAUGUUUACGCACCUGUAUCAGCACGACUGCUUCACGGAGGACGCAGUACGAUUUUAUAUCGGCGAAAUUAUCUUGGCGCUAGAGCGCCUUCAUGAUCUUGGCGUAAUCUAUCGGGACAUCAAACUCGAGAAUAUACUCUUGGACAAGGAAGGGCACCUCGUGUUGACGGAUUUCGGUCUCAGCAAAGAGUUCCUACCGCACGAGAGGAACGGUAACGCGCGUACUUACUCGUUUUGCGGAACCAUCGAGUAUAUGGCACCGGAAGUGGUAAAGGCGGGCCCGAACGGCCACGAUAUCGCUGUCGAUUGGUGGAGUGUGGGCGUGCUAACGUUUGAAUUACUGACCGGUGCGUCGCCUUUUACGGUGGAGGGCGAGAAGAACAACCAGCAGGAAAUCUCGAGGAGGAUAUUGAAGAACGAUCCGCCGCCGAUGCCGAGCCACAUGAGUGCCAACGUGAGCGACUUCAUCACCCGCUUGCUGGUCAAAGACCCACGACAGAGAUUGGGCGGUGGACCGCGCGACGCUAAAGAGCUUAAGGAGCAUCCUUUCUUCAUGGACGCGGCACCGGCCUUCACUUGGGAGGGUCUGGAAAAGAAACAGAUCAAGCCGCCUUUGGUUCCCAAAAUCUCGCACGAAUUGGACACCAGCAAUUUUUCAGACGAAUUCACGAAGAUGAACGUUGCCGUUGACAGCCCGGCGGUCGUUGAUGGCGACUACCCUCAGAUUUUACAGGGUUAUUCGUACGUAGCGCCUUCGGUACUGUUCACCGACAACGUGGUGAGCAGAGAUAUCUUCGGUGGCGAGGAAGGUACCAGUUCGCAACGGCCUUUGCUGUCCGACCUGCUCAGCACGUGUUUCGAGGAGUCCACGUUCUUCCAGACGUACGAGCUAGACCAAGCGGGACCAGCUUUGGGCGAUGGCAGCUUCUCGAUUUGUCGACGGUGUCGUAACCGCAAGACCCAGCAGGAGUACGCCGUGAAGAUCGUCAGCAGGCGAGUGGAUUGCAGCCGGGAGGAGAGUCUGUUGCGUGCGUGCCAGCGUCACGCGAAUGUGGUGAAACUAAUAGACGUCCACCAUGAUCGACUUCACACGUAUAUCGUGAUGGAAUUGCUUUCGGGCGGGGAAUUGUUGCAACGACCGCGGCCAUUCUCGGAACGGCAGGCGAAGCGAGUGAUGCGACAAUUGGCGUCCGCGGUGCGGUAUAUGCAUUCGCGCGGCGUGGUGCAUCGUGAUCUCAAGCCAGAGAACAUCGUGUACGUGCACCAAGGCGAGGAUUCGUCGGUGAAAAUAGUUGACUUUGGAUUCGCCAGAAUGAAGAAGAGCUGUGAGCCACUGCACACGCCCUGCUUCACGCUUCCGUACGCCGCUCCGGAGGUUGUGGCCAACCAAGAAUACGACGAGAGCUGCGACAUGUGGUCCUUGGGGACUAUUCUGUAUUGCAUGUUGUCUGACAACCCACCUUUCUGCACGGACACACCUAACGUGGCGAUGCGCAUCAAAGCCGGUGAGAUUAAUUUCGAUGGUGAGGCUUGGAGUCACGUGUCCCCCGGUGCGAAGCAAGUGAUGAAAGGUCUGCUGAUGAUCGAGCCCAACAACAGACUUACCGCGGCUUCUCUGGUGUACCAUCCGUGGUUGACAAUGCAUGACACGACGAUUCUCCCGGUAACGCCCGUCACUGACACUGUUCACGCGGACAGCGCGGUAGCCACAAGUUCGACGUCAGUCCACGAUCGCGAGGGUUUCCGAUUGCGCGCGGUCGACGCCGCCAAGCUGGCUCAGCGUCGCAAGCACAAACGUUCCAAUUCCAGUUCCUCGACGUCGAGACCGUCUUCUUCCUCCUCCUCGAGUCCGUCGUCAGUUCAGUUGCUGCAACUACCAAGCGCCACGGCGAGCGCUGCGAACACUUCCACCUCGUCACCAAGCGUCUUCGACUUUAACGACGAAGUUGUUAACGAGUACCUGAGUUCCAUGUCUUCUUCUUCCGACUCGAAUUCCUCGAUAAGACACUCGCUUCUGCAGGAAUUGGAGCGGACCGCGAAGAAGCGGGCCAAACGCAACCACGCUGACCACGACUCAUCCUGUCAACAGGUGAUUCCGACGAAGAAGCAUCAUCGACAUCGACAUGAUGUUGACAGCGAGGCUAGCGGCAGCAGUAGUAGCGGGCCAAUGACCCGAUCGCGAAAACGUAAACUCGAACAGAUAAUAAAUUCGGACAAAGAUAUAGGUUCUGACAAUUCCACGGAGUCGUUCGAGUCGUCCUCGCAGGCCGCGCAUGACGAAAGAGGCGUCGAUAGGAGACAUAAAGCUGGUAAGCGGCCGAAACGGCUCGCCACGAUUAUAGUCGAGUAGAGUUUUCCUACUUAUGACUCCUGGAUGGUCAGCCGAGAACUCUGCGUUGACGGUGGCAACGUACCGUCGCGGCAGAAAUCAGAACUCUCCAAUGGAGAAUUCUGUUC